CAAGCCACUAAGGACCUUAAAGGUAAAAACAAGACCACCGUCAAGGAGUUCAUUCUCUUGGGGAUCACUGAUCGUCCAGACCUACAGAACCCUCUCUUUGUUGUGUUCCUUCUGAACUAUAUUAUCACUGUGAUGGGAAAUUUGGGGAUAAUUCUCUUAAUCAGGAUGGAUCCUCAUCUCCACACUCCCAUGUACUUCUUCCUCUGCCACCUGGCUUUUGUUGACCUUUGCUAUUCCUCUGUCAUUGCUCCUAAAAUGCUGACAAACUUUUUAGCAGCUAAAAAAACAAUUUCAUACAAUGCAUGUGCAGCACAGCUGGGCUGCUUCCUAACAUUUAUGAUCACAGAAUGUUUCCUCCUGGCAGUGAUGGCAUACGACCGCUAUGUAGCCAUCUGUAACCCACUGCUUUAUCAAACCAUCAUGUCUCAGAGAGUGUGUAUCCAAUUGGUAGCUGUCCCUUAUAUAUACAGCUUUGGCGUGGCUCUGUUCCACACCAUAGUGACAUUCCGUUUGUCCUUCUGCUCUGCAAACGUGAUCAAUCAUUUCUACUGUGAUGACCUCCCACUGUUAGCCCUUUCUUGCUCUGACACCAGCACCAAACAGAUCCUGAUCUAUGUGUUUGCUGGGUUUGACAUGAUAUGCUCACUUCUCAUUGUAUUAAUCUCUUAUUCUUUUAUUCUUUCUAAUAUCCUCAGAAUACGUUCUGCUCAAAGUCGACAAAAAGCUUUUUCUACCUGUUCCUCCCAUCUGACAGCUGUUACCAUCUUCUAUGGAACACUGAUGUUUAUGUAUUUGCAACCUAGUACUAACCAUUCUCUAGCAACAGAUAAAAUUGCUUCUGUUUUCUACACUCUGGUGAUUCCCAUGUUGAAUCCUUUGAUCUACAGUCUGAGAAAUAAGGAAGUUAAGGCUGCUCUGAAGAGAUCAAUCGAAAGAUUUGUGCUUGUUCUCAGAUGA